CUGACAGAACAGAAGUCUAAAACCAGAGUGUUCCAGACUGAGCUAGAGAGAAACACAGAGAGCAAUGGAGGGUGUGAGAAGAGGCUUUGGCUUUGGGUCUGGUUCAGCUAUGGCGUUUGUGGUGCUUUUGGCCUUGGUUUUGGUCAUGGCUCCAGAAGCCUCAGCUACUCGCUUUACUGUGGGAGGUAACAAGGGCUGGACUACCAAUGUGAACUACACUAUUUGGGCCCAAGACAAGCACUUCUACAAUGGAGAUUGGCUCUUUUUUGUGUAUGAUAGGAACCAGCAGAAUAUCCUAGAGGUGAACAGCACAGACUAUGAGACAUGCAAUUCAGAUCAUCCUCUUCACAAUUGGACUACUGGAGCCGGAAGAGAUGUGGUUCCACUAAAUGUGACGAGGCGCUACUAUUUCUUGAGUGGCAAGGGCUUCUGCUACAGUGGCAUGAAGAUGACUGUUAAGGUCGAAAACCCACCUCCACCUCCCAAGGCUGCUCCAGUGACGAGCAAGGGCAGCGCUCCAUUAUCUCCUGUGUUUAGAUCUCAAUUUGUGUUGCCAGCCAUUUUUGCCAUGGGUGCAGUUUGGGAUUCAUUUCUUAGGUUCUGCUAGCAUAAACUGAGCUAAUAUUGAUGGGUGAGGAUAUCAAAAUGAGUAAUCAGUGAGGAUAUCCAAAUCACAUUAUAGACAAUCUCUUCUAGCUAAGCCAUUGAUUUGUCCACAUUGGUCCUUGUACUUUAGAUUUUCUUGAUGCUUUUUUGGGUUUGUGAUUUGUUGGUGUUGUUUAAAUUUCAUGUUGGUGGAGUUGUUGAUCUGAAAUUAAUGGACAAUGCUUUGAUCAAGGGACUAGAUUGUGCUGUUGGUAAUUUCAAUUGUUAUUCUUUAAGAUGGUUACAGUUUUCU